AUGGCAUCUAUCAGAUAUUUACUUGAAUCACGAGGAGGCGAGUCUUUCCCAAGAAGAAACCCCAAAACAUCUUCCUCAGCUUCCAGAGUUUCUUUAAGAAACCUUGAAAACCCAAACUUAAGAGAUUUGCAGAGACUUAUCCGAGAUUUUGACAGUAACUUACCUAAAAAAUCCCCACAACUAUCAAAUACUAUCCCCAAACAAAUUUCAGAGACUUUAUCACAGCCAAUAAAAGACCCACCUAGAGACUCUUUAAAACAGCCACCCAAAGACCGCCCAACAGAACUGGCAAAAGAAACAAUAAAUGAACCAAUAAAAGACGAUGGGAACAAUUCGCAGUCUUUUGCUAUAGAAGAAGACGUAAUUGGAGAAGCCUUGGACAAAGCAGAAAUAGAGUACACUUCUAUUGAGGACUGUCCUUUAAGCCGCGAUGAUUUGCCAAUUGUAGGAGAAGCUGAGCAUGCUGUUGGUUACUGCUUUUGCCACCAUUGUACAUGUGGCCAGCACCGUUGUCCAGGUCUUGACAUUCGUGAAGACCUUGCAUCCCGAUCAAUAUGAACAACUUCAUAUCGUCAAAAUUUUAAGUCAAAGCUCUCUGACGCUCCUCCAAACCCUAAUUUCGCUCCCAGUAAUGCGAGUUGCUAUAAGCCAUCCUAUAAAGAUUUGACCACUACCCAGCGAAAUGACUUCAAGCCUCCUCCUCUCACGCCUCCAAAAAUCGAGAAAAAUCCGAGCACCCCACAAUAUCAGCUAAAACAGACAGCCCGAAGUUCUUAUUCCCGAGAUUUCCCUGACUGGAGAUACGGGGCAUUAAUAAAAAUCAAGCCUGAUUCUUUACCUUACCGAGGCGGUAUGUUGAGAGCUAACAUUACGUCUACCUACACUGACUCUUUCAAACGUUUUGAAGAGCUUGAUCAGCCUAAAAAGCGGACUUUUUCUACAAGCUGCUUAACUGAAAGGACAGGAAACGGCCCGAUCAGUUUGCUGAAUAAUUUUUCAGGAGAGACUACAUCAAGAAGCGAGUAUAAAAAUUUGAUUUCGAAGUCAAAAUACCUUAAUAAGAAAAUUGAAAACAAGCAAGACGCUUCUCCGCAGAACAGCGUCCCAAGAGUGCAUUUUACAACGAGCUACCAAAGCGAGUUUAAAUCGAAACUUCAUCCUUUUGGAUUGGCAAGACAUAGGGCUUAA